AUGGUGUGUUUGGCGGAAGAAGAAGGUCUCCCCAGCCGAGGGCAAAAGAAGGAAAGGAAACGACGAGGACUUGUAUAUCGACGAAAGUACCAUGUUCGUGCGCUGUGUCAGUCAGUGGCCUUCUUCUGCGUUGUGGUAGGGUUCGUGGUGUACAAUGGCGCUCUAGAAUUUGGAAUGACCGGGCCAUCGGCGAUACAUACUUUCUUCGGCAGCAACAAUGAGAGAAACCUACACGAGCUCACAGCAGCACCAAAGGAGCCGCUAGAUACGUUACCACCCGGAUCGAAUUCAUCCGUAAAUGGGAUGACGACCAGUGAGUCAUCCGCUAGCAACAGCACUGCUCAAACCGAGGGAAAGGACUGUUCUGCCAACAAAGCUGAUCCGGCAUGGCUGUUAGUCUUCUACUUCAUCGGGGUUCUAUACAUGUUCUUGGCACUGGCGAUUGUAUGCGAUGAGUUCUUUGUUCCGGCCCUUGAAGAAAUGAGUUCCAACAGGAGGAUGAACCUCAGUAUGGACGUGGCGGGCGCCACUCUCAUGGCAGCGGGAGGCUCUGCUCCAGAACUAUUCACCAGUCUCUUCGGUACCUUUGCCGAGAGUGAGAUUGGAUUCGGUACCAUUGUCGGUAGUGCCGUCUUCAAUGUCCUCUUUGUCAUCGCCAUGUGUGCGCUCAUGUCCAAAGAAGUCUUGAGCCUCACUUGGUGGCCGCUCUUCCGCGAUAGUCUCUACUACGCCAUUGGACUCACCGUAUUGGCCAUCUUUGUGGGAGUGGUGACUCCCAACGAAAUCUACAUCUGGGAAUCGGUGGUGCUUUUUUGCCUCUACUUGGGCUACUGUUUCCUCAUGUGGCAGAAUGCAAACAUCUACAAGGCAAUCACCGGAAAGGAACUCGAAUACCCCGAUGAGGACGAGGAUGAGGAUGAGGACGGACCAGCAGAAGCCAAUGGAGAGGACGAAGACGAUGAACCAGGUGACCCUGAAAGACCAAAACCUGUCAAGAGACUCUCGGCUUCCGCGAUCGAUCAAAAUAUGAAAACAGACUCGGUCUCCCACUUUCGUUGGCAGGGAACUUUCCGCGCAGGAAUCCUCAAGCUUCUACGUGAUCCAGAGUCAUGGGUUGAAACAGCAGGUGUAGGAAUUGUUGCCAAGAUUGCCGGUGAUGCCGACUAUGUCUUUCGUCAGAUUGAUACAAACGGUGACGGGAGCAUCGACCGGAGCGAGCUGAAAAAGUUAUUCGAAGUUCUGGAUUGCAAUCUUACGAAUAGCGAGCUAGAUCAAGUCUUCCAAGAGCUGGAUAUCAAUAAUGAUGGGGAGAUUUGUGAAGACGAAUUUAGUAGGUGGUACAUACAAUCAGAAGAGAGAAUCAGAUCACAAGUCAGACAUGUAUUCAACGAGAUUGACGCCAACAACUCAGGCACAAUUGACAAGGGUGAGCUCAAGACUCUCCUUGAGACACUUGAUCCCCGAGUAUCCGACGCAGAUGUGGAGGAAGCCAUCAGCUCCAUGUACAAGUCGGGCUCAACAGAAGAAAUUUCAUUUGAGGAGUUCGACGCUUGGUACAGACAGUCGAUCCUCUUCGAGAGACAGAAAAAAGCAGUAGAAGAAGAUAUGCAUGGAGUCAUGGAGAACCUGACACCCCCCUGGGGCGAAAGCUUUCUGACUUGGUUGCAAUAUCUUAUCGUUUUCCCGCUGGUCCUGGUUUUGACGCUUACAAUCCCAGAUGUCAGACGGCCGGGUAUGAGUCCCUGGUCUUACUUGGCUUUCUUCCUGUCCAUCGCUUGGAUCGGAGCGUUCGCCUUCUUCAUGGUUGACUGGGCAGAAGUCAUCGGAAACACCAUUGGAAUUCCUGAUGUUGUCAUGGGUCUGACCAUCCUUGCCGCCGGCACAUCUGUCCCUGAUAUGCUUUCAAGUGUUAUUGUGGCAAGAAGAGGAGAGGGUGACAUGGCGGUAUCAAGUUCCAUCGGUAGUAACAUCUUCGACAUCCUGGUUGGAUUGCCUGUGCCGUGGUUCUUGUUCACCGUUUGGCCAAACGGCAAGGACUUUGUUUACAUCGAAUCCGAUGGAUUGACAAUUUCAAUCCUGAUUUUGCUUGGAAUGCUUGUAUUCGUCAUUGCGGCAGUGCAUUGCCAGGGUUGGAAAUUGACAAACACACUGGCGGCUCUGAUGCUGCUGUUUUAUUUUGGAUUCCUUGUGCAAGCAAUUAUCCAGGAACUACCCUUUGUCACCUGUUAA